ACUGGGACACAUUUAGAAUGUUUACCUUUAAAACUGUGAGAUGGCCUAAAGGUGCAUUCAAGUGGAGUCGUGUUUACCGUGUUCACCAGAGAGUCCAUAUGAACGCCCUCCUCUUGUGGGAUUCACAACAUAGAGGACGAGAAACGCCGCUCAGCCAGUAAGACAAUCCAGGAAAUUCUUCCAAACAAGUCCACCAAAAGAAAUGGACCUGUUCCACAGCGACAUGAUCUUCCAAAGGCAUAAGGUUCACGUGGGAGUCGUCCGUCAUCACAGCAGACAUUUAGUGUCCGAGGCCAGAAGCCCGGGUAAAGUUUCUGCUGUCUCCACUAAAGGAGUGAAACCAAGUGAGAAGAAUAUCGGACCCACUGAGGUCUCCAACUUGGAGAUUCACCUCCCUAAAGUGGAUUUAAGGAAGGCUGAGAGGGAAGAAGACAUCGGCACACCGCUGCCACAGGAGGAAGAAAUCACCCAAAACGUCCUCCAGACUGAAGAGCGGGAUGAACUUAACAAUACUGCAGUUCUUGCCGAACAGGUCAUGGAAGAAAAAAGAGAUAAGAGCGUUCGGAGACGCUUUCUGAAUUGGCUCAAUGAAUAUAUCCAUGGGCACAUCAUGAGGAAGGUCGCCAGAACGUACAGGAGAGAGCUGGAGGAGGGCGACGACAUUUACAAAACUUCCGUCAUUGCUCGAUGGCCCUUGAUGACCCGAGCUGAGAGAGAGCAGCAGAAAAGGCAGGAGUUGCUCCAUCAAGACAAGCAGAGACAGAGUGUGAAGAAACUUCUGGACGGUUACUGGGAAGUACAGAGAUGCCUGAAAGAGGCGCUGAGACUCAAGGAAGAGGAACGCUAUGAGAAAUGGGCGGCUGAGCAUGGCGCGAGCGUUCCUGCCUCUUCACCAGAGCAGCCCAAGAAAAGGAUGAGCAAGUGGGAGAAGAGAUUCUUGAGAGUGAAAGAGUUCUUCUCCCGUGAAACCAUCUUCAACGAGACUGUCCCUGCCUGCCAGGCCCUGUAGAUGUAGAGUGAUGACCAGAUUUGCGCUGGUUUGUAAGGGCAGCACGGUGGCUCAGUGGUCAGCACUCUCACCUGUGUGACGCAACUCUUAAUUGUAAUAAAUUGAUAUAACUACUGUUA